GAGAAGUUUAUGGUGAUAUAUAUGGCCGUUUCUAGGAGAUGAAAUCAGUAAUCUUGGAAUUCCGGGUGCCAAAGAUGAUCAUUGGAAAUAUCUACGAACUAUACUAGCUCCGACUUAUAGCUCUCAUCAAAUGAGAGCGAUGAACUCAAUGAUUCAAACAUGUGCUGACACGUUGAUAGAAAACAUAGGGAAGAUGGCAGAAAGUGGAACAGGCCAAGAAGUUAAAAGAUCGUUCUCAGCCUAUACAAUGGAUGUCAUAGCUGCCACAGGAUUUGGGAUUAUGGUGGACUCACAGAAGGAUCCAAAUAAUCCACUGGUUGAAAAGGCCAAAGAUAUAUUCAGAAUUAGUAUCUUCAAUCCAGCUAUCUUUUUGUCGCUUCUUUUGCCAUCUACAACGAAAUUGAUAGAAAAAUCUGGAUUAUCAAGAACUGUUAUUGGAAACCAAAUAUAUUUCAGGAAAUUUUGUAGACAACUGAUACAACAACGAAAAGAAACAGGAAUUAAUGAGAAUAUGCAUAAAAACCUUUUAAAUCUUAUGAUAAAGGCUCAGUUGAAGGGGCAUGAGAAAUUGGACCCAGAAGAGGAGAAGGAACUUCAUUUGGAAAAUAUAACUGACUGGCGAACAAAGAGAGGAAUUACCGACGAUGAAAUCUUGGCUCAAUGUGUUAUAAUUUUCUUAGCUGGUUACGAAACUACUGCGUCUACUCUCACAUUCUUCACGCAUUCAAUGGCAACUAACCCUGAAAAACAGCAAAAAUUGUAUGAAGAGAUUGUAGAAGUAUUGGGAGACGAUCUUCCCGAUUACGACAAUGUUCAGAAGUUACCUUAUCUCGACAUGUGCAUGGAUGAAACACUUAGGAUGUACCCGAUUGGAACUGCAUUGGAUCGUCAGUGCAAUAAAGCAUGCACAAUAAAAGGUGUACAAAUUCCCGAAAAAUUGACUAUCAGAGUUGCUGUGGAUGCUCUACAUUAUGACCCAAAAUACUAUCCAGAACCGGACAAAUUUAUUCCAGAAAGAUUCAGUGAAGAAGCGAAAUCUAAACAAGUGCCGUUCACCUACUUACCAUUUGGUGCAGGGCCAAGAAUGUGUCUUGGAAUGAGACUGGCCAAGCUGGAGUUCAAGGUAGCAGCUGUCCAAAUGAUUCGGAACUUCAAAAUUUUUGCUACAGAGAAAACAGAAAACCCUCUUAUAUUGGACGAGACUUUCUUAUUGGUUGCCAAAAACGGUGUUUGGGUGAAGUUUGAACGAAGAUAAAGGCUCAAUGUACAUCGGUUUCAAAUCAUAUUGUAAAUCAUAUUGUGAAUUAAUGAAUAAAAGAACAAACAAUAAAUGUAACUAAUGUAACACAGUGUUUAUAAACCAUUGUACCAAAUAGAAGAUUCAUCUAACCAUUUUUCUGAUUCAUCUUUUUUCUGAUUAAAACUUUGAAAAACCUUCUA